GACGUGGGGCUGAAUCUUUUCCACCUGCAGCCUGCACGCUGACCUACAUCAAUUCACUUGAUUGACAUCAUUCCACCUCAAACAAUCACCCCCGACAGCCCUGAGAGCGCAUUCACCAGUGUCAAUUGCAUGCCCAAGCCUCAUCAACGCACAACGGAGCGGUGGUAGGCAGCGGCGGUGGCACAGCAGGCUGUCUGUUCCUGCGGCACAGAACACGCGAGAGUGAUGCCUCGGAGCUGCUCGUGAGCUCGUAAUAUUGGUGCCCAAGGCGCAGCGGAGCAUACGGGUCCAAAAUGGCGGAGGGCGCCUUCAACACGCAUUGGCAGCAACAAGACACCUCGUCACAGCUUCAACACAUCACGAACGCCCUCGAUGCUACCCUCAACCCGCGAAUCCCAAACGCAGUGCGACAGCAAGCUCUCCAGCACCUCGAAGCUGUCAAGAGUCAGCCGGACGCCCCUCAACACGGCUUCGCUCUCGCAGACGAUUGGAAGCAAAACGAUGCAGUUCGGUAUUACGGCUUGCAGCUACUGGAGUUCGCAGUGAGAUACCGAUGGAACGAAUACACUGAAGAUCAAGCUCUGCAGUUGCGGAAGUGGGUCAAGCAGCUUGCAGGCAGCUUGCGAGAGGAGGAUGCCGUCUUUCUGCGCAACAAAAUCGGUCAGCUGUGGGUCGAGGUUGCAAAGAGAUCAUGGGGCGGUGGAGAGUGGAUGGAUAUGGACACUCUGCUUGUCACGCUAUGGAACCAGGACAAGGGAGCAGCGAACAAGAUACUGGUCCUCGCAAUCAUAGAGGGUUUGAACGACGAUAUCAUCAACAACGACGACUCUGUAGCAGGAUUGCGAUUGGACAUUUUGGGCGAUGCAUUGGUGGAAAUCGUAGUCCCACCUCGGUUCUACGACACUUUGCAGAAAGAGAAGAUCAAGAAUGUGCGAUCUGAAGGGGAAGGCUGGCUCGCGCGGAUCAACAACUUCUUCGCUCUUUGCGUCAAAGAAGCCAGACUGCGACAGGAUCAGCCAGACGUGGCCCGAAAUAUGGAGAUGUGUGCAGUGAAGGCGCUCAACGCACUGCGCUCAACCAUGGGCUGGAUCAACUUUCGAGCUGUGGAAGAAGUCAACUGCGUCGACUGUCUGUUUCUUCCAUUCUUCACAAGCAAUGCAGUCCUACAGACAGCUGCAGUCGAGGUCCUCCACACUCUGUUAGGCAGACAGCAGGCGAGCACGUCCUCGAAUGAGAUCUGGGUAUCGCUGAUACGCCAAGCGAUGCACCCAGACAGAGUGGCCUUGAUUCGCGCUGCAUUCGAGCAGACUGCUAUUGCACCUGGAGAAGAUGACGAAAAGUACACAUUGCAAAAGAAGAUGUCGGAGCUCCUUUCAGUCAUGGCUGAUGCCAUCGCUCUCAAUCAAACCAUAAUCGACCAGAGCCUCAAUCUGCCAGCUUUCUUCGAUCUUCUAACUCUGGUUCUGCAGCACAAGAGCUUAACAGUGUCAAUACCUGUGCUGCACAGUUGGACGAAGCUGCUCAGUGUGCAUGAGGACAAAAUCAUUGAUCUCACUUUGGCCGCUCUUCCGACCUUGCUCGAAGUCUGCAGCGAUAGGUUGAUCAGAUACGAAGCUUUGCCUGAAGAUACAGACGAUGAGACGCUGCGAUGGCUGGAGGAGGACUUCGAUACAGUGCCCGAACGCCACGCAUUCCUUGGUAAUUACCGCAGAUACAGCCAGACCAUUAUCGAAGGUAUCGCGCGAUCCCGACCGAUUGACGCGCUUUCUAUUGUGCUCAAUCAAAUGCAACAGAUGAUUGAGACCGGUCCCUAUACUGUGGGACGGGGCUUCGACAGCUCAAAGUAUACGAAGUCUUCGUAUCCAGUCCUCAGAUUUGAUGCCUCCUACUGUACUGUCUCUGCAGCACUGAGGGGAUAUUCGUCGUGGACCCGGGACGUCUCCGAUGUUGGUCCUGACCAGGAGCUAUACGCGAAGGUGCAACAGGAUCAGCAACAAGCGUCUGACUCACUGCAGCAAUGGUGCUAUGGUAUGACCAAUGUGCAUACUGACGACCCUGGUGUUGCAGAUGAGGUCCUGCAGACAUUGGUCGCAGUUCUUCGAGUACUCAAAUCGCCCCCUCAGAGCUUUGUACUUGCCAUGGUCCAGCAUCUUCUGACCAUGCGGCUCUAUGAUCAACCUCAGCACGCUCAGUUCACAGAUGCAAUCAAAUCUUUCGAAGCGCUACGAGUAGUUGAGCUCCAGAAACUUGCUCUUGCCUAUCCAAAUGUGCUAUUGGAAGUGUACAACGAGCUCGAGCCACGCAUAGAAGUUCUUGCGCAGAAGCACUCCGAUGACCAGAGGCUAGUCUGGGGCUACCGUUCAUUCCUUUUCAUGGUGGUCCAUCGUGCGACGGGGAUCGAUGACCAGGUCAGAGUGGCCCGCCUACAGCAAAUGCUCAAACCGACUUACGAUGCGUGGACGGACCCGGCGCUACAAGCUUCCUGUGAGAACUUCUCAGUUUUCUGCGCCACUGUCAGCCUGAAUAAUAUUGCGGAGUUCUACAAGGAGCACGAGUUCGACCGAACACAAGACUGGUCCGCCCGCUUGUUGAACGAAGCUGGACAGGCACGACAGAAUGAGAUCAAAGACAAGGCCGAUCGCUUACCUCUGCGCAUGACAAAGUCACUGCUCGCGGCAACGACUGAAAAGCUGCGGAGCGGCACAAGCGAGUACGACAACGCCUGUGCAUUAUGGGCACCUCUCAUACCGUCAAUCUUGCAACCUCUGUUGCAGAUGACACGCCAUGCUCAGGCCUUCCAUAACUUGUCAAACUGGGCGCAGCUUCCACCUGAGCUUCAAAUGGUCGUAAAGCGGACUCUACAAGACCGUUUCUGGCAGUCGGGCAUUUCCAAUGAGACCAAAGAGGAGUUCUACGCUCGGAUUUCGGGCUCCAAGACCAGUUAUGAGGGCUUCGCAAGCACAGUGCGUGGCACCAUGCGAAACGUUCGCGAGAUGGGCUAUCACAUCAUCUAUCUGAUGACAAAAUUCGAAGAGCAGUUUUAUGGCAUUGAGAACCUGGCAACUCCUCUAGCAGAUGCACUCUUCGAAGAUGCUGGAUGUCUCGGAGCCAAUCAUUUACAUCCUCUCAUCAACCUGACAACUGGCCUAGUUCAGCGAUGUCCACCGCACCACCGCAGCAGGUUCCUGCCACCUAUACUCCGCAAACUAUUCGUCUGUCUCGAUGCUAAGAUCUCUGCGGACUGGGAAGCCAUUGGCCAAGCGGAGCAGCACAACAAAAAAGAAGAUGAUGAGCUGAGCGACGAGAUGCGUACGGAAAGCGUAUUGCGCCAAUUGACCUUUAGUAUGGUGUCGUUUGUGCCCUUCCUGCUCGAAUACGACCGUCAGCCACAAAAUCUGCAGAAUGGGCAUGCGCACACCAAUGGUCACGGCCCGUCGAGUCAGACGCAGAAUCUGAGCGAGCUGGUUCUGUCUGACCCUGCAGUACUGGAGCCUCUCAUCCUCUUUUGCACGCACGCUCUGCGUAUGCGUGACGGCAGAUGCUGCAGCAUGAUCUGUAAAGUCUUCCGCUCCAUCAUACCGCUGUUCACGCACACCACUCAAACUGCCUCCGCCAUCAGUCCGGAGGCAGCGGCUUCUGUGCGCGAGUUCAUCAGCACCGAAGUACUAAAGGCUUGCAUCACAUCUCUGAACGAACCAUACUUUGCGGACCUGCAAAAGGAUUUGGCCACUCUUAUCGCGAACAUUGUCGUCAUGUACACAUCAAAGACGAUGACCCCGCGAGAAGUUCUCUUGUCUUUGCCAGAUAUUACAGAGCAAAAGAUUGACAAGGCUAUCGCCAAAAUGACGCGUACACACAAUGAGCGCUCGCAACGCAGCGUCGUGCUCGACCUCCUUGAAGGCGUACGAGGUGUUUCGAUCCACGAGAUGGGUAAGGUCGAACAGGCCAAAGCGAAGAAGAAGGAGAACAAGGGCGUUGCGGCGCAAUACACCAUGACAGUGGAGAACACAGGGGUCGUCAGAGGAGGUGAGGAUGAGCUUGACGGCGUGGCUGGUCUGUUUGGGGACGCGUAGAAUGCGUUCGAGGAACAGGAGCACGUUGCCAGGAUGAUGGGGAACAUGAAUGGAAGAAGGACAUGGUGAGACGGUUGAGAUCAUUGACAUUGUUAUUGGCCUUGCACCGCCGCUGGCUUGCGGCUGAACACGGCAAUAACUUUUGACAAGCAUUGCGUGGGAAGGGGCAAGGAGUAGCUCAUUGGCUUGGAAGGGCCCUCAUUGGGCUGAGAGUAAUGAGAGACGGCAUGUUGUAGAUUGGAGCAUGCGAUGAGUAGCGACGCCUCGAAGCUGCUGCCAUAGCAAUCGAUGGAACGAUGCAUUGAGCAUUCAUAGAACGGCCACGAAGGGUCGAGUUAGUUGUACAUUGGACGAGGAAUAGCAUCAAGAUACCCUUUCUGCGUAGAGAUGGGAGC